AUGACAUCAUACUCUACUGAUCACAUGUAUACACAAGGUGAGGCGACUUUAACUCAAGAGCCACCGCCACCACGUUAUGUACUGCAAGUAAGUACGGGUAAAUGGCAUAGGAAAUCGGCAUCAUCAAAGGUUUUCAAAAAAGCUGAAGGUGAAAAUAUGCAGAAUUCACUUGACUACUUUCUCCGAAAAGCCAUGUAUACAUCCGUUUCAACAACAUGUGACAAUAAUAAGACCGAUUCCUCACCAGAAGAUGUAAUUAAGGAAAUUGAUCAAUUUGAGGUAAGACACUGUGGGGAACCAUUACACCGCCAUUCCUUUCCUUCAGCUCUGACAGAGGUUAAUCCUAUAGUUGGACUCUUGUGCGGUAUACCUUUGUAUGAAAUUCAUGACGCCCUUCUGCAAAAAAAGGCAUCUGAAUUGCAAAGACAACAACAACAACAAAACUAUUGUUGCCAUAGUGAGCCAUUGCGGUUAACUCUUGAUGAACUAUAUGAUACCUGUGUGCAACUUGUAUCUACUAUGGUAAGCUACGAAUAUCUUCAGCGAAUGUUCUCUACCCUUCCUACUUAUAGUCAAGACAAUUCUGUAUUACUAUCAGCUUUUUUUUCUUUUCUGGUCGAACGCUCUUUUCACCCGAGACUUAAUCAUAACGUUCAUGCUAUUUUUAAGGCUUUCGAUCCAGAAAAAACAGGUGUAAUAUCUGUAGCUGUGUUAUCUCCUCCAGUUUUUCUUGCUUGGGCAGAACUGAAUCUUUUCGGAACAUUACGAGGUGAUUGGGAAAAAAUGGCGGCUGCGCUCGAGAAGGCGAAUGGUGUGGACCUUAGCAUUGUUGACGGCAAUCAUUUACUCACCCCAGAGGCGACCCGUGCUGUUUUCUGUGCAUCUGAUCUCUUAUACAAGGCGAUUGAGAGUGUUGAAAUGGAUGUUGUACAAACCAAGACAUCUUUUUAG